GGGACUCCAGAAAAACACCAACUUUCAGUGGGUCCAGGAAAAUGUUAGAAGGUUCCACAUUUGUCACACGUUAUAGGAUUUCUCCUGCACUACUGGAAAAUGCAAGGAAAUCUAGGAUCUCAGUUGAGCACUUGGUAUCUGUCAAAGUUUCUAGGAGGAUCUUUAAUGAACAACUGUCAAAUCAGAGAUCUCCUAGAUAUGCUGACCAUUUUGUAACUUCUGCUGGACAACUAAUUUCUGAAAGGAAUUCAAAACGUUCAGUUGAACGGUUAACACACACCAGGAAUUCCAGGAUUUCUGAACGAUUGGCAUCUGACACAAACUCAAGGCACUCAGUUGAGCGAUUAACGUCCAGAAGAGAUUCAAUUAGGAUUAUAUCUGAGAGGGAUUUUAGAUAUUCAGUUAGACUUUCCGCAUCAAUCAGAAACUUCAGGACAUCUGCUGAACGUUUGAUAUCUUAUACAGAAUCCAGGCACUCAUUUGAACGCUUUGCACCUGUAAGAGCUAACAGAAAGACUGCUCAUAAGGGAGAUUCUAUUUCUUCAGUUGAACAUUUGACAUCAGUUAGGAAGUCCAAGAUAUCUGCAGAACAAACGUUAGAAAGAAUUUCUAGAUGCUGGGUCAAGCAUUUGGCAUCAGUCAUAAUGUCCAAGAUUUCUGCUGAACGACUGGCAUCUAAUAGGCACUUGAUUGACCAACUUGUAUCUGUCAGAGAUUUCAGAAGAUCCACUGAAAGGAAUGUUAGACAAUCAGAUGGGCGUUUGGCAACCAUGAUGGAUUCCAGAAUUUAUGCUGAAAAACUGGCUACUAAAAGGGAUUUCAGACGUUUUGAGAGUCUGACUUCUCUAAAAAAUGCUCAAAGAAAGCCAACAGAAGGUGCAUCAAUUGUAAGGAAUUCUAGGAGGACAACAGUAAACCAGCUGAGGAAUUCUGUAAGGAUUGCACAUGAAAGGCAAUCUUUAUACAUAAAAUCUUCACCUGACAGACUAGCAAACAGAAGAUUAAUGAGUACUGCAUUUAACAGAUUGACCAGGCCCAUCUCUGACCGCCAUGUCUCUCAGCUAAAACCUAUCUCUACCAUCCAUAUCACUUCAAAGAUUCUAAAUGAUCAUGGUAUCAUGAGGAUGUCAAAUGUGAGAAACACUGGAUUGCCUGAUGGAUACAUCUCAAAUAAUCAAACUCUGGAUCAGGGUUUGAGACUUUCUGAGAAACAAUUUAAGGCCACGGAUAACACAACACUGAAGACUGAAUCAUCCACAGAUAUUGGUUUGCUAUUUGGAAGUGUGCAGACGUCUACUCUCAGUCCCACUCAAUUUUCCAGCUGGUCUGAUAAGGCCAUUGAAUACACAAAAUGUGGACUGACUACUUUGACUAUGAUGUGGCCCUCAAUAGCAAUAUGGAAGGGAGAAACUCUGAAAUCCCUUGCAGGCUUCGAUGUUAUAUCAGCAUUCUCCUCCGAGAUGGACCAUUUCAACAAUUUCUUUGCUGACAAGCCAACCUCCAAUUAUGCUCAUGUACCUGAUGACCUGGCCUUCUUUCAUUCCACCAAGGCAACUCCUCCUGUCAUGAGGGACAGAAACAGAAUACUACCUACUGUGAUUCGUGGAGGUGUCACUGCAGCAUUCAUGCUACUAUCAACUAAGUCCAAGUAAAGGGCACAACAUUCCAGACCUCUUCAUCCAUGCAUGUCCACAUGCAUUCAUUAACACAAUAUAAUUACAUAGGUGCUUCUAUAGUGUAAAUUAACAAACUGAUAAUAUAGUAUGUAGAACUAUAGCAACGUCUCAAAUCAUUGUUUAACAGGACAACUCUUCAAUAUUUACAAGUAACUAGAAGUACUCCUGAUGUGAUAGUUUGAUCUGAGGUGUUCACCACAAGUCUUACAUAAAACCAAUACAUUACAUAAGAAGCUAUAUCUGAAACAUCAUAGGCCUAUAAAACUUACAGAAAAAAUUAUGGGUCAUAUUCUUGUUAUAAAUCCACAAUUUUAAUCUUAAGACUGAAUUUAGAAUUCUUGCAGUGGAUAAGAUCACCUACAGAACAAAAAGAAAAAGACUCUUUUGAUAUUUUGAACAUAUAUUUGUGUGUAUAUGAAGGUGGGUUGGAUAAGACGACCGUCUUCCGGAAUGUUGCUCUGUGUAGUCCCAUAGAAACUGAUCAACAUAUCAGAGGAGCUUACUGCCUCUAUUAUCACCACACUGAGCUGAUGAUAGAGGCUGUAAGUACCUAUUAAAUGCUGGUCAAUUCUUACCAGACUACACAGUGAAAUAUCCCAUAAAUUAGUCAUCUACAUAAUCAACAUUGUGAGAACCUGAAAUCUCACCUACUGAGUUGAAGAGUAAGUACAUACAAAGCAAGUUCAUAAAUGUUUCAAUAAGUAUGCACAAAUCUUCUGACAUAUACUUACAUUUCUAGUAGAAACACCUUAUUGCUGAGAGCCUUUUCUUAGAGAAACACAUUAAUAAGCAAAGAGUUAACAUUAACACUGGGUAAAAUCAUCACUGAUUAGAAUUCAAAUAUAAAAAAGAAAUGCUCCUUAUAAAUUCUAAUGGGUCAAAUUCUCAAGAAACUACUCUUUCCUAGGUCUUACAACCAUUCAUUGUUAAACAGUUUCCUGAAAUGCGACAUCAAACCAUAAAGUACUCCUGAAAUUAUGCAUAGAUAUUUCAAAAAUAGUAAUUCCAGUAAAAUACUGAACUUACUUUAAUCUCAAACUUGAACAACGUUUCCUUCACAGUCAUACAAGUGGUAAAUGUUGGUAAAGAUUCUCACACCAUUUACUCACAUUCAAAAUGUACUUCAGAAUCUAUCAAGAUUGUUACUAUACCUUCAUCUUUUAUUCAAAGAAAAUUAUGGUGAUCACAACUUUAAGGUCCAUGUCCCAUGUCAAACAUUACGAACAAAAAAACCACAUAAAAAUAAAAUUAGUUUAACUGGUUUAUGAACACUGACCAAGACAAAAUAUACUUUAUAUAUUAAGAUGUUUCUAAGGAAUGCAUUCACUAGCAAGAGAAAGAAACAUACUCUUUGUUUCCUGAAUACUGCAACUCCAAAAAUAUGAAAUUGUCCUGUGAUAUAUAUUUGCUUACAUGUACAUUGUAAUUUAUGUGGAUGUUCUACUUGUAGUUGCAUUGUUAGAAUAUUAAAUAAAGUGCAGCAUUGAAAAGUCCA